GCCGGCCGGUGCCGGGGGCCCGUGUCCAGGACGGCAGCGCUGAGUGGCCGGGUUCUUCCAUGCGCCCCUGCAUCCCGCGAGGGAGACAGGGGCCGAAGCCGAAGCCCUAAAGCUUCGGGGCCACGACCACCACCGACGCCGCUGCCACUCGCCGAAACAAGAGCAGCGACAGCAGCCGCAAGGUCGAGAAGCGCGAGCCGCCUGAGCGAGCUCCCGACCCUGGAGACUUGCUGGGGCCGCGCCCAGCCCGCGCGCUCCGGAGCUGAGGAGGGCCCCGCCGCAGCCGCCGCGCUCUUCCCAGUCCCAGGCCACAGGGCCGGGCCUGGCAGCAUGAGCCAGGCGGAGCUGUCCACCUGCUCGGCCCCUCAGAGCCAGCGAAUCUUCCAGGAGGCGGUGCGCAAGGGAAACACGAAGGAGCUGCAGUCGCUGCUACAGAACAUGACGAACUGCGAGUUCAACGUGAACUCGUUCGGGCCCGAGGGCCAGACGGCGCUGCACCAGUCGGUCAUCGACGGUAACUUGGAGCUGGUGAAGCUGCUGGUCAAGUUCGGCGCCGACAUCCGCCUGGCCAAUCGCGACGGCUGGAGCGCGCUGCACAUCGCCGCCUUCGGGGGUCACCAGGACAUCGUGUUAUACCUCAUCACCAAGGCCAAGUACUCGGCCAGUGGCCGGUGAUGGCCGGCGCCGCCCGGCCGGGGGCAGAACCGGAGGAGGCGCCGCACACUGCACUCUGCACCCGCCUGGGCGCCUUUCCGCAACUCCUCUGCGCCCUCCUUCCCUCGCACGACUAGGCUCCGGGAGGGCGCAGGCACACUGGGAGCAGGGGACAGCAGAGCAGGAGGCCCGCGGGCCACAUCCGUUAAGCCAAGCGCCCGGAGACCUCCCCGGGGGUCCGGGUCACGGAGCAGGCUGCGGCUCAGCGAAGAGUGUUCUGUGUGUGUGAGUGUGUGUGUGCGUGCGCGUGCAUGAGUGUGUGCGCGCAAGAGACAUGGGGGAGGGGGGAGGGAUUUCUCUGUGUUUGUUUUUUUGUUUUUGUUUUUUUUUGUAAAAAAAAAAUCCUAAUAUUUUCAUUUUAAACAUCAAAAGCUGCUUGGACUCCUUUUUCUCCUGUCCCAAGACGCCCUCCCCACUCCCUACCCAUCCCCCUUGGUGACUGACCCGUGAUUGCGUCUGGAGCCCUCUCCUCGGUGUGUCUGGGGCUGGACUCUGGUUUUGUUUUCUACUGUAAAAUUGUCUGCCAUCUACCUCGGCUGUGCUAGCACAGGAGUAUUUGCCGUUUCAGUUAGAAAUCUGGUCAGAUGCUUUAAAAAUGGACUUUCCCCUCGGCCUCCUCGGAACACGCCGUCUGCUACCGCGAGUGGCCCCCUCUCCCACCACCCACCCGCUCUUCUCGCUCUCCAGACUCGCUAGGGGAGGCUCCGGCCAGCCAGCCCCGGAUGUUGUCCUUUUUUAUGAAGUAUUCUGGCACAGAGAUUGAUCCCAUUUCCACACUUAACCGUUCCUGUCGCUGUUAUCUGGGUUUCAUAUUUUUUCUUCCUUAAAAAAAAGUAAAAGAAAAACAAAAAUCCUUCCUAGGAUCUAAAAUCGAGACAGGAUUUUGCAUCUUUUGCUUACGUCCACGGGGCGGGUGGCUUCCACCUGGAAGAUCUUUUUUUUCCCACGGUUUAAAACUUAAGACCAAGAACUUUCCUUGAUUGUAGUAUGUUUGGAGGGCUAGGGCUCCCUCUAUCCAUCAUCAGCAUACAAAUCUUUGGGAUCUCUGGUUCUGGAUCUAAUUUGUUGGGGUGGGGAGAUUGGACGUUAUCUUUAGGAGUAGGUCGUAAAAUCCACCCCCUUCCCCCUUCUCCCUGUGCACCUGAAUUUAGCAAGAAAGCACAGAAGCGAUGUCAGGCCCUCCUUAAAAAAAAAAAAAUUAAAAUGUAUUCCGAGGGAAAAAAGUCCAUUGGGGUUUAGUAAGUCCUGGACUGAAUUCAGGGUUAGGAAAACGGGGGAAGGAGCCUGGAAGGAAGAAGUGGGCCCGACUUUGAAGGCAGGAGGAGGAGACGAGACGCGCACUCAGCAAAGAACGCGCUCCCCCUGCCGCCCAUGCUCUCGCAAACAGCUUGGAAACCCUGAGCGAAUGAAUGGGUUUCUCCAUCUGGUGACUUGGGAUCGCUCUUCUUUGACGCUGAAACAGGAGGAAAGAAGAAACCACCUUCCGUCGUUUUGGGAAAGUGGCUUGCACGUCCAAUUGGCAAUGCUGCUCUUAACUGCCCUGGCACAAGGACAGCAGGGAGGCAGAAAUUCAAACUGGGGCCCCCUGCCGUGUGUGUGUAUGUGUGUGUGUGUGUGUGUGUGUGUGUGUGUGUGUGUUCACCCCGAGUGUCUGCACUAAGAGAAGAGAUAGAUCACUGCCAUCUCCUUGCUAUAUAAACCUUUUCUUUCUCUCUCCCCCGACCCUGACUACUCCUUUGGCCCUAACAAUGACGAUUAAAGGAACAAAAUAGUUAUGUACUGGGGGUUGGGGGGGAGGUGUUAAAAUUGUUAUAAACUAUUUAUCUUGUAUGUUGUAUAUUUGUGGGUGAGGUUUGUGAGCCUACUUUUUGUUUGGAAAUAUUGUGAGUGGUCAAUGUGGUUUGUGGGAAAAAUAUGCAUUUUUUUCUAGUCUUAAACUAAAAACUUGAGUCUGCCGGUUUUUCUCAUUGCACUGAACACUGCUUUGGCUAAUGGCUUUCACGGGCAGUUUUCUCUUUGGAAAACUUUGGCUAUAAUGAAAAAAGCUCCAGGUUUAAAAAAAAAAAACAAAACCUUUGGGAAGCAUCUCUCAUUUAAUGCUGUAAUUUGCCAGAACUUUUUUUGGUUUGCAGACUUUCUGUUUGAGCAAUGGAGACAAUUCCAGCAUUUGGGUGCUUCUCCUUUGUAAUGAUGAGGGGGGAACAAUACGUUUUCUAGUGAGUUUUAUUAUAGUUACCAGAUGGUUGCACAUUUUUAAAAGAUAAAUGAAUUUGCCACAAUUAAAUGUCAUAACAUUUAUGACAUAAUAUAAAAUAUUAACAUAUGUUAAGCCAAGUUCUAGAUGAUUUUUUUAAAAAGAAAUCUUGGUUAUAAACCCAGUUCUUAAGGGAUUUGUGUCCAGUGUUGUGAAGACAACAUGUUAACCCAUAUUUAUAUUUUUAUAAAAUACCUAUAAGACUGUGAAUCUCUUGUGUUAAUUGCUGAGUGAGUUUUAAGAAAAGUAUUGUUCCUCUUCAGCCUCCUGGAGCUUUGUAGACCUGAUUAGAAAUGGAAAAUUAGACCUUGGGAAGGGGGGAGGGGGGGUUGCUCUGAAAAUGUGUGAGCUGAUGUAUUUUUUUUUGCAUCACUUCUGUCCUGAAAAGCUGCUGCCCUUCCUAGUCCCUAUAGUUUCAAUUUUCUAUGCAACCCCACACCCCAUAUUGUUUUGAUUCUGAGAAAUAAAAGGGAUGGUGAAUAAUUCAAA